AUAACAGCUGCUCGACAUCCCCCAAAAAGUCGUUUUGACAUAACUGCUUUCUUCUUGGAGUAAUUGCUUCACCUUGUGACAGAGCGGGCGACCUGUGUAUUAGGGAUGCCAGCGGCGCCUGUGUAGCAACGCAUCAGUUUAGCACAACUUCCGCACCUCAGUCAUGCAGGAUGCACGCGACUACGAGCUGAGCUCAACGCAACCCGUCAAUUUUCCUUUAAACAAGGUGCGUAUGAUGUUGUCAGCUCAUUUCAAGAUACCGGUUCAUAUUUGUAAUCCAGUUCCGGACAGACGAGUUCCCUUCCGGUCAGCUUGAUCAAUAUUCACCAAAGCCUGUUGUUUUGACAAUGAGUUCGACUGUGUCUAGUGAGCGCCGACAGGCAAAUUGUUGCACUCCAAAAUCACAAACUAGCAGAAACCGUAACCGUCGACCGCGGUUGUUGUUUCCUCCGUUUCUCGCUCAACGGCAACGGAAGACAUCUCGACAAAAACUCGUCUCGCGAGACAUCUCUCUCGUUGUGAUUGCGAACCGCACAAGCGCGGUUGUUGCACGCGUUGCGAGUCGCAGGUGAUGUCGAUAUACACGGAAGAAACAACGGGAGCUUUCGAUGUUCGGCCAUUACUGGGCGUUCCUCGGCGUGUCAGUAUAUGGAGUUGAGGUAAAAUUGGAGCGAAAUCCGGAGUCGACUGGGGCGUCAGCAUGGGAUGCACCGGCAGCAAGAGUCCAGUCAGCACACCUUCAGGGCGACAAGGCCAAAUCCAGCGAAAGAGAAAAGAACGGGAGAAACGCGGUUCAAAGGUGCCCAAGGAUGCCGUCCAGCAAACUCGCCCCACCCGUUUUUUCGGUGUCACAAAAACCUCUGUUGUAGCAACCGUCGCUGUUGACAGGAAAUCGAUCAUUCGAGCAUACUUGGAGCCAGAUGGCGGAGGCACCGAGACAGAAGGCAUUGAAGUAGAGUGCGAACCCGACGCUGAUCAUUAUCUCCUGUUCGACGAUUUGAAACCAGGCACGGUUUAUCGGCUGAAGCUGUUCUACGUUGUCCCAGAGAAGCACCACUUAGGCAAUAUGUUGGCUGCAAUGUUACGCGGCAAGCGUACACACGACAGGAACGAUGCCAUGCAGGAAACUGCUGUUAAAGUUAGGCGUGGUUCGCUAGUGGGUGUACACGGUGGUGACGUCUUUGGACGACGGAAGAUUGCUCGAGGCAUGACGCCUCGUCCCGGAAUGAAGUGUGUUGCAAUGCUGCCAAAUUCUGCACAGAAAUUGAAAGUGCGCACACUCCCCGUGGAAAGGGAAAGAAUGUCCGUCCACCUGAUCAGUGCGCUCCCCCCAAGGUCCUUUCCACCAGAACGUUGCCAUGAGGAAGCUUCUGCAUGAUCCUUGCUUUCUUCGGCGGGCAGAGCCCAUUCGCAACUAUACCUCGUAACUGUUCUGCCACCGAAGUCGACAGAAGAGAAGACGAGAAAAAUAUUGGAAAACAUCCGUCCCUACUUGUGUCGUGCGUAUGUGUAUAUAUAAACACAAGAGAAUACAUGGUGACAGCAAAGAAGGUCGCAGGUAAGAUGCUAGAGAAAACAAGGACGUGUUGCGCGACCGUCAUGGAGAGUGACAUUAUCGUAGAGAAAUAGUGAGUUCACCCGGAUCACGCUAGUAGCAUGAUUCAGGUGCCGUCACGCGGAGACACACCGCCGCUGAAGCCUUCCUUCCGGCCGCCAGAAAGUUGAAAAAUAGAUGGUACAAUUAGCUGCCUUGACAUGUAGUCGUGCUGAUGUCCUCUUGUUGUUCAGUAGUGUGAGCUGGAGCCUGCGCCUCCAGUCGUCAUAAGCUUUUCGUGAUGCCCUCGGGAUCACCGUUAACGAUACAGAAGCCCGCUGUACAGACGCUGUGAUCGUGCAAGUGUUUCAGUAAAGGUUUCUCCAAGUGGAGUUAUUCACACGCUUUUCGGCGGCUUUUCUGUGGAUCAUCCUGAGAAGGCAGGAUGGUGACACGGUUCAUGACGUAGCUCGAUGUGGUGGGGAGACGAGACUGCUUUUUCAGAGAGAGAAGACGCCUCCAUUGUAGGAUUGAUUGCAAGGACACUGAAGGGAAGCCCGUCGUGAACCAAAAGUCGCACUCAGUAGAAGAUAUUUUUUUGGUGUCAGGAAUAUUCAUUUUAGAAAGGAUGCAAGUGUCAGACGAGCAAACUUGUUCACGCCAGGACAAGAGAAAUAUUGUGUGGCUGUGGCAGUGGCAGCAAUUGGUAACAAGCACGAUCUGAAACCAAACACAAUGACCACCGAAAAUACUUUCUGAAAGAGAAAUCAAGAGUUCGAAGUCGCAGUCACACUUUCUAAGGGUAUGUGUUGCCAGUGACACGUUUGUCGCGGUCACAUUACUAGAGGGGAAACAAUCCCAAAUGUGGGUGUUUUAACGUGUGUUC